CUAAACGCAAAAAAAAUAAUAAUAAUUAUAUAUUUAUAUAAAAUAAAUAAAUAAUUUUUCAAUUUAUAUCUUUUUAAUAUCUCUUGUCCAUGACGAUAAACAACAGUGGUGAUAAUGAAAACAAUGGUGCUAUAUUAUUAUCAGACCUAGACGAAAAACCCGCACCGCCUAGUGGUGGUGAAGAAGAAAAAGAUAAAACAAAUAAUAAAAAUUCCGAUAAUUUCCAAAAUAUAGAUUUGGGAAUCCCUUUGUCUCAAGAAAAAAAUCCAAAAAAGCUUGCUAUAAAACCAAAGUACAAUAAAUGGCUCAAUUUAUCCAUUGUAUUUUUGGUUUUGUUCUUUUCUGAAUGUGCUCGUGGUAUAGUUGUUCCAACAAUUAAUCAAUAUUCUGUAGAGGUUGGUGGUGAUAAUUCUUUCUUAGGUUGGUUAGUAUCAUCCUUUAGUUUUGGUAGAUUUAUCUCAACUAUUUUACUUGGUUACCUCUCCUCAAGAUUAAAAUAUAAAAAAGUAUUCAGUGCUUCAGUUUUUAUUUGUUCACUCGGUGCUCUUGUAUAUUGUUUUGCCUAUUUAUACGAUGACGAAUUGGGUAAAAUCUUAUUAAUUCUUUCAAGAUGUUUAUUGGGCUUCGGUGCCGGUACACUUAGUGUUGUCAGAGCUUAUGUCGCAGAGGUUUCAUCUGCUCAAGAAAGAACUACUUAUGUUGCUUGGUCCAGUGCUAUUCAGUUCCUUGGUUUUGCCAUCACUCCAAUAAUUGGUUCAGUAUUAGCUCAUAUUCCAUGGUUUUAUAUCAUCGAGCCACUUAAGGUUUACCAUUUGACAUCUCCAGGUUACUUUCUUUUAAUCUUUAAUAUUGUCUUAUUCUUUGUUAUUUUAUUCCAAUUUAGAAAUCCAAAGAAAGAAGAAGAUCCAACAAUAGUUGUAGAAAGUGACAAAGAACAGUUAACAAAGGCCAACCCAGAAGAACCAAAACCAAAGCCAAAGUCCAUUUUUAAAGUUUUACUUAGUGAUAAACAGGCCCUCAUGAGCUUGUUUGUUUUUGUAAUCUUAAAUUUCUUUGUCAGAGGUGUUCUUGGUAUCUAUGAAACUUUAGGCACUCCUCUUUUCAAUUUGUUAACAGGAGACGUUGACGAUAGCUCAUCUGGUUAUUACUUUGGUGGUAUGGGUAUCAUUGGUAUCUUUGUAUUAUUGGGUAUCUCUUAUAUUACUAAAAAACAAUUAAUCGAUGAUUUUUGGAUUUUAAUUGUUGGUAAUGCUUUAAUGUUAGUUGGUUGUUUGGUUGCAGUUACUACAAGCUUGGGUUGGGCAAGAUUCACAAUUUCUAAUAUUUUGAUUUGGUCUAUCGGUUAUCCAUUGGCUCAAACUAUUAUUGUCUCUAUGUUUUCAAAAACAUUGUCUGGCUCCAUUGGUAAAGCUUCUCAAGGUACAAUGAUGGGUAUUAUCGGUGCUAUGGGUUCAUUCGGUAGAAUACUUGGUCCAUUAAUCAGUGGUUACAUAUUUAAUGGUACUCUCAAUGUAUUCUAUGUUUUUCUUUUUGCCUCAAUUUUAUCUAUCAUUACAUUGGCCGUUUCUUUCUUAAUCGUUCCAAAAUCAAUUAAAAAAUCAAUUGUAUCUAAAUUUAACAGAUUGGUUUAUAAGGUCGAAGAAAUUAACCUUGAAAAUUCAAAAAAUUAUGAAAAUUUAGUUUAAUGAUACAGAUUCAUCAAAUAAUAUUUAAUAAACAUAAAAAAUAAAAUAAAAAAUAAAUAACUAUAAAAAAUUUAUCAAACCAUU